CGCGGCCGCCAUGCGAGACAAAACGAAGAUAAACGAAAACGAAAACAUUCCAAAUUAAAACAAAACUCAAUCGAAAGUUGCGAAUACCGAAUUUUCCGGAGUUGCCAGAACAGUGUAUAAAUACUAUAAAAUUGUUUUAUAAAAAGUUCAAACUUCAAAAGCAUAUGUUUCUGUGUGGCCAGUCCAAGGAUGUGAACUUUUAAUUUCAUUCGUGCAACGGAAUGUGGUUUUAAAAGUCCAUGUUGAAAAGGACGAGUGUGUGUUUUUUCUUUAUUUUUAAUGUGUGGGGCAGUCAUUGAGCCUUUAGCUGUUUUAAAAUAAGUUUUAUAAAGACUGAAAAAUGUGGGCCGUUCUUCUAGCAGCGGCUGUACUGUCGACCGCGCGAUGUAAACAAUUACCUCCUAGCACAGAACUAUCAACAAUAACCAUAGCAACCGCUGAGCCCGACACAACACCAUGGCCUGGUGCCCUGGCGCCACUGGACACCCUCUCAGUCGCGUGCGAAAAAGACAGCAUGCAUGUCACUAUCUCGCUUGCGCACGCACAUCCUGAUCAUGAGAAUAGCAUAUACGAGACUUUCAACGGAAUCGUAUACCCAGCUGGUCUCGGGAGCAAUUCGUCCUGUCUUCGAGAGUAUAUCUCUGCGAGAGGUGACCUUCAGUACACUGUACCUCUGAGAGGCUGCAAUACUAUGUCUACUGAUAAUGACGAUGGCACAGUAGAGUACUUCAACAACAUAAUAGUCCAACCCCACCUGAAGCUGGUCACUGGCCAGGGCCGAGGGUACCACGUCCGAUGUCGGUACAGGCGACGUGAUCUGACCAACUUCCACGUGUAUCGCCCUCAUGCGGACCGGCUCACCAACUCCCUCACCGAUGUUACUAAUGACGAAUACGACGAAGAAUCAGGGCUACUGCCGUCCGUCACGAUGAAAAUUUACAAAGGGGACCCCGAGAAUAAAGAGGUGGCGUCUAACGUGAGGAUUGGCGACACCCUGACGUUGGUGGUGUCUUUGGAGAAACAGAAGCAAUUUGGGAUCCUUGUCUCUGAGUGCUCCGUACGGGAUGGUUUGGGAUGGGCUGAGCAGAGUCUGAUCGCUGAUGAUGGGUGUCCAUUAGACGGCGAGAUAAUGGGUAUGUUCCAGUAUGCCAGCGACAAACAAUCAGCCCGUGUGGCGUUCCCGGCUCACAAGUUCCCCUACACCGCCAGUGUUUACUAUACUUGUGAAGUUAUAUUAUGCGAUUUGAAUCAUCAGAGUGAUUGUGAACCAUGUGCCCAUAAACACAAACGGCUGCGUCGACAAGCCGAGGAAUCUCCUGCUAAGGUGGAGGUGUUCACAGGUCUCUACGUCAAUGAGGCAGAUUCCGUUGAAAACGAAGACGUCACCAGCGAAAAGAAAGAAGACGAAAUCUGCAUAUCACAACGUAACUUCGCCAUCGGAAUAUGCGUAGCUGGUAUUAUUUUAAUGAUCUGUGUGAUCGCAGCAAUAGCCUUCAUUUUGGCUCGCAGGCGGAACCCUAAGACGUACUCACGCACCGGCAGCUCACUGUACAGCGGCCCUUAUACUAAUACCGGUUAUUCACAUACUAGUUAAAUCAGUAGCUGGUAUUUAGUACUAGUUGCAAUAUGCUAGUGAUGUAUGUAUUGUUGAAAUAAUUAGAAUCAGAUAUUAUACUGAAUGCAUCAGUUAAAAAUCCAAAACAUUAAAACAAAUAAAAAAACAUAUACAUCGAAUUUUACGAAAAAUCAUAAUCAAAAUUUUCCUAUUUUUUAAAUUAUUAUUUGUUUAAAUAAAGCUAAAUGAAAAUUGUAAGAAAAAUAAUUAGUAGUCGUGGUCCAAAAGUGGUACAUGGACAAGGUUAUUGCCGCCAUUUAAAAAAAUAUUUUUAAGAACAAUUUAAACAUAAGAAGUACAAUUUAUAGAGAAAAGUUUUUAAAUUGUUGUGUUCAAUACCACAACGAAGUCAAUCCUAGGUAGUUUAGUGAUUUACCAAUACACUUUAAUUUUAAGAAUCGGUACCAUAAAAAACUUAUAAUAUUAUUAUGUACUUAUCAACUCGAAAAAUUUAUGGGUGUUUUCUAUAGACC